AUGAUCACUCAACUUCCAAUCCAUGAUUUACCCAUGGACCAACCCCUCCCCUCGCAGGAACGAGACUACAGCUUUGGUAAAGGCUACUGUUGGAUCAUGACCGCCACCGAGCGCGCUCAUAUCGCGAAGAUGCUGACGGUUGACAUCUCCGAUCUCUCGAUUCGCGGCAAUAUCAUGCUGCAAGAUAGAGGAGUCUGCUCUUGCUGUGGUAAACAUACUGGUCUUGAUGACAUGGUCCACAACGCAAUGUUUGCUGGCGUGCAUACUCCAGAAUUCAUGUUGAAUAUCUUGAAAACAGGGCCGACAGGACCAAGUCCCGCUCACAACAUUAUCUGCUCUCGCUGCGGCACGAAGCAUGAGGGUGACUAUAGUUGGAUCCCUCCCGCGGAGGUUUGGGAUUUUGAUGAAUGA